AUGCAGCAGGUUUCUUGGGAAAAGCUACAAGCUAAAGGUAAUCCGUUACUUUCACCAGCUUACAAAAGUAACGGCCACGUAUUUACAUCCGGAAAUGUCGGUAGUAAACCAGACGGGACGUUUCCAUCGGAUGUAGCUGAACAGACGAAACUGGCUAUCCAAAAACUGGAAAAAGUGCUCCAUGCUUCCGAUUCCUCUCUUUCUCAAGUUUUGAAGGUCCUUUUGUUUAUUGCGGAUCCUAAGGAUGCUGCCACUAUCAACUCUGUGUACAAAGACUUCUUCCCUCAUAUGCCUUCCAGAUCUUGUGUCGUUGUGGGAUUCCCUAACAAGCAAGUGAAAGUCGAACUGGAGUGUGUUGCCAGCUACAACCAGAGAGGCUCUAAGCUAUAG